AUGUUAUCCAUUACACAAACCAAAUUUGGAGAUAUCUCGGACUGUAUUUGUACAGAUGAAGGCUGCAUCUAUAUAGAUAAAGCUGAACAUACAAAAAAAAAAAAAGAAGUCAAAACUAAUAACUUUGAGAAACAACCCCAAUAUUAUGAACAUUCCUCUCAACUUCUUAACAGCAUCUUUCAAAAAUCCUAUAUUAAUUUUCCUAAACAAAAGAAUGAAAUUUGGCAAAAGCCCAAACUUGACCCUUCUUUAUUCUAUAAAAAUAGCAAAUAUGAAGCAUUUUUUAACAAACAAACUUCAACAACUUUACUUGACAAACUUGCAACUGAGGCAAAAGAUUCUGCUUGCAAAGCUAAUAAU